GCCGAGCUCAGGAGGGGUGUGAGCGAGCUGCGCUGAGGAGAGCAGCGGGUGAGCGGAGCUGAGAAGUGUGAGGCAGCCUGGCUUAGGAGAGGAGCCCGCGAGCAGCGCUGAGGAGCUGAGCGAGGGCGUGCGGCACUGAGGAGAGGAGUGAGCGAGCGGUCGCUGUGGAGUUAGCGAGCGGCUCUGAGUGACCGAUCCAGACAGCGGCAGCUAGGCGAGCGUCUCAGAUCAAAGUCUGUCUGUAGCGGGUCUCGGGAAAGGAAACAUGGCAAAGGCUGUAGCCACCGGAUGCAGUCAGAAUCUUAGCCUUUUGGUUCUGCUGAGCUCUCUGGGGGCCAAGAUGCUGGCUGAUACACACUCUCUUAGAUGCCACUUCAUUGUCAAGACUCACCCCAAAGCUGGAGAGCACUGGUGUGAAGGACAGUGCUCAGUGGAUGGAGUGCCUUUCCUUCAGUAUAGUAACCAAGGAAAGGAGGUAAAUGCUACUAAGGGAUGUGCAGAUUUGUACCCAAAACUAAAGGACACUGGAAAAGAGUUGAGGACUCUGCUGCUUCACAUGGAAAAAGAGGCAGUCCUGACCAGGGAUAAUCACAACUUGCAGGGCACCAUGAUAUCUCAAUAUAAACCAGGACAACUCAUUGAUGCCUCCUGGAAGUUCACCAUUGAUGGACAGUAUGCCUUCUGCCUUAAUCGCUAUAAUCAGAAGAACAAGAAAUGGGAAGUGAUUAACUAUAAUGACACAGGUAUCCUAGAGCAAUGGGAGAAUAAUGCAGAACUAGCACAAGAUCUAGCAACGCUCUCCAUGGGAGAUUCUGAUCUCUGCCUCAAGGAAAUCUUUAAGCACCAGAAGGAAAUGCCAAGACCAGCCUCAAGGACCCCAAAGAUCACAGAGGUUACAUCUGCCACCCAGCUUCCAUGUGAUAUGAAUACCACCCAGCCUCCACCUACCAGGCAGGUUCCGGAAAACAAAGAAACUACCACCAUGGCAGUAGCCAUCACCACCAUCCUCUUUAUUAUUUUAAUUUUUAUUAGCAUUUUCACUUGGAAGUAUAUGAAGAGGAAAAGUCAUCCCCAAGGAGGUGCUUCUCCACAAUACUCCUCAGCUUCCUCAUCUGCAGUCUGAUCUACAAUCAUUGCCAACAGCUGCCUCUGCUGUUACUCUUCUGCAUCACAGCCAGGAAAGAAAAACGUCUGAUGAUGUUGGGAAUCUGCCAUUUCACUUCUGACCAAACUGUGAAAUAUUUAAGUUGACUGUCUCCAUGCCUCCUCUAUCACUUUAUCAAGAUGAAACAGGCCAUUGUUACCAAUGACUCCAUCUCGAUUUAUUCCUGUCCUCUUUCUUUCUCAUUCUUAGAGUAUGUCCAUGAGGAGAUCAGGCUAUUCCCUGCUCUAGGUUACUCCUUUUGUGUAAAAUGACGGCUUUCAGGCUGGGUCUUCCCCAAGGUGAUUCCAUUAUACAAGCAACAAGUUGAUGCCUGGGCUUCUCUUGUACACACAGACAUGCCUUCUGUCUAGCACCACCCAUAAGGCAAAGUCAGACAAAUGCCUUUUUCCUAAGAGUGAAAGACACCACUAAUAGACAUAUCAAAAUCAAUUAGACACAUGAGAAUUAGGAUGUUUCAAAAUCAUCUGUUGUGCUGGAUAUUUUAUGUCAGUUUGACACAAGCUAGAGUUUUCUGAAAGGAGGGAACCUCAGUUGAGAAAAUGUCUCACUCUGACCCAGCUGUAGGUCAUUUUCUUAGUAGUGGUUGAUGGCAGAGGGCCCAGUCUACUGUGGGUGGUGACAUCCCAGGGCUGAUGGUCCAAGGAUUUAUAAGAAAGCAAAAGAAUAAGACAUGGAGAACAAGUCAGUAAGCACCCUCCAUGGCCUGUGCAUCAGCUCCUACCUCCAGAUUCCUGCC